AUGGAUGUGGAAGAUGGGGGCUGUGGCUGUUGGGAACGUGGUUUCACCAGGGAGGAAUGGGUCUACAAAGGGCCUGGCAAAGGUAGCUACUCCAGGGUAGGAAGCUUACAGCUGGUGGGUCAGGGCAAGGGAGACUUUGAGAAGGAAAGGUAUCAAGUGUCGACGGGCACUCGCUGCCGUUGCGCCUGUGUGGCCUUGUUCCUCCUUGCGAUUGUGGCGCUGGCCGCCAUGGCGUGGUUUGAACUUGGUACACUCAGGGGAGCAGACCCUGGGGCUGCAGACCCUUGUGAUUUGGAGGCUUUAUCCUCAGAGAUGCAAGUGCAGUGUUGCUCCGAGGGCCAUCUUCGCUUCUGCACACAGCCCGCGCCGGUGCCUGAGCAGAUCAUCAUCCAUGACAAGUACUUCACGCACGUGAAGACGGUGCCGGUGCCGCGCACGGUGCCGGUACCCAUCCCGCCGCCCGCGCGGCAGGUAAUCGAGCACAAAGUCUACGUUCACAGCAGUGCUUUUGACUGCAGUGGCGACAUGGACUGGAAACAGCAGUGGUCUCCGCAACAGCAGCGCUACUGUUGCUACAAACGCAACAUUGGCUGCCGAACGAGGUUGAGGAUCAGGCCACACUACCACACCAUCACUCAUGUCCAGCAGGUCACGGUUCCUGUGCCGGUGCCGGUGCCCGCACCACCACCACGAGUGGUCAGCAGAGUGGUCAAUGUUCCCAUUCGCGACCCUCCCGAAAUCAUCAAAGUACCAGUGCGAGGUCCGCCACAUGUGGUGCACAAGUACAUCCACCAGAAACAGUACGUGCCCGUGCCCAAAGCCAGCCCUCCAAAUUACCACAAGGUGGUAGUGGAGGGGGUGCCGGUGGUGGUGCAUGGUGCCAUUGAGGGGCAAACCAUGGCGAAGUGA